AUGGAACCUAUCACUAAAAAACCCAGACUGGAGACGGCAGAUGUCGACAACCAAAACGCGGGAAGCAAGGAGUGCAAGUUAGGUCCCAGUAUUGUUGACCCUAGGCCUAAAUCUCAGUUAGGAAAUGAAAAUCUCCUAAAACAUCUUGAUAACGACGAUGAGGAUGUCGCCAUCGUAUUUGUCAAGCGCGACCCCGAAGCCGUCAUCCGCAAUAUGUUGGUACGUGUUGUCAUUGGGAACUAUGUGCAGUGUGCGCUGCGCGGAGCCGUUCAGGACCUGCUGCCCGAUGCUGCUUAUUUCCAAAAUGGACUGAUUCCAGUGAUUAAUGAAUAUACCAUAGUAGUGCCGGACGGCAUCGAGACGUUGGCUGCUCAUUCCGUCCUGCUGACAGCGCUUAAUCCCGGAGUACCAUUGAACUGGAAAUCAACGGCCAAGAGCAUGACGGUGGAUCAGCUGCAUAUGGCGGCGUCGUAUUUCAACAUCAGUGCCGACAAACUUGGUAAGGCCUUGGCUCGUGUUAGUGAAUCUGAAUCUGAUGGAGAAGAUAAUAAUGCUCAGCUGUCUGGUGAUGCUCCAACGAAACCGUACAAUGAAAUACAGGAUCAAUUCCACUCCUAUUCUCAAACAGCAGAUUUUUUGGACCUUCCUUUCGGGCAGAUUUUGACGCUACUGAGGAAGGGAUUUUUGGCAGUGCAAUCGGAGAAGGAAGUGUAUCAGGCAGUAAUGGAGUGGUGUAAUCAUCGGUACCCGGCGCGCUGGAAAGAGCGCAUACUGGCACCGUUGUUGGCCGAGAUUCGUUGGGAUUUGAUAACGGAUACCCUGCAGCAGGGAAUUUCAGCGUCAGAUAAUCCAUUACGUAAAGUGUUGUCUGAACUAAAAGAGGCAGUAAUGCUGAAAUCGCGUCGUCAGGUCACAGCUGCUCCACGACAACGCCAUUUUGCCGAAACCGUUUACGUCUUCCAUGCCGACCGGAACCAGGUUAGCCUGCGUCGAUUCGACUGGCGCAAUAACACGCUAUCCGACGACAUAACGCUAAAAGGUCUUACCGCAUCAUCCACGUGCAAAGAACUGGGCCCGGCAAUCGGAAAUAAGCUGUGUUUCCGGGUUCAACGCGGUGAUAAACUGCAGACCUUUCAGUACUGUCCCAUCACGAAGAAAGUGCGCAUUUUAUAUGACGAGCCAUUGGACAUGUUGGGAUUAGGGCCAACAGUCUAUUUAAACGGGCUGCUGUACCGUUGGGAUUUUGAGAAUGGCCAAAAGAAGAACAAUUCGUGUACUUUCGAUUUGGUAUCUAAAGCAACUGUGAAAGGUCUCCGACUGCCGAAAGUCUUGAGGAAAGAAGCAGCAUUCGAUUGUUACGAUGACAAAUUGUAUUACUGCGGUGGAAUGCCUAUCAGCGAAAAAGCUCACCCGGAAGCUGUAUCGACAGUGGACAUGUACGACGCCACAACCGGCCAGUGGACAGCACUGCCCAGCAUGCUAUUCGCGCGUCGCUGUUUUGCAGUGAAGGUCUUCAAUGGGUACCUGUACGCGACGGGUGGAGCGUGUAAUUCCAACAAAACCUUCCCUUAUGCUAUCCUACACACGUGCGAACGCCUAAAACUAAACAGUCCCAACGCAAAAUGGCAGCGAGUGGCGGAUCUGCAGUAUUGGCGGUACCAGCAUGCCAUGUUUGUUGUUGAUGACCGAUUGUACGUCUGCGGAGGAAGGUUGCGGAGCGAGCAGGGUUUCGCAAUGGAAAGAUACGACGUGGAGGGAAAUAAAUGGGAUAAGUUGCUUAAGGCGGAUCGGUAUCUGUUUGGAGCCAUUUCUCAGUGCGUUACGAUUACUCAGUGCUUCAAAGGUUAAGCAUCGGGAGCAGCUUAGGUUUAAACAUAUUGUUAAAAGACUUCGUCAUUGUGCUAGAAUGGUUAAAGAAUUCAACAGACACAGAAAUUCCUUGCGUGUAUUUGUUUUUAA